CCAUCAUCUCGUCUCUUUUCUUGAAGAAACGCAGACCUUGCACAUGAUAAUAUAUUAUUUUGUGCACCAGACCUCGUCUCCUUGUGCACAAUGGCUGCCCUCAAAUUUGUCAGAUCGGUUUGGGACUCUUUCCGUUCUAGUUCCGGCCUAGAACCGAGACUCCUGGAUGGCCUCCGCGUUGUUUCUGCUACUCCAGGCAAGGUCAGAUUUGAAUUAGACAUUCGGAAAGAGCAUACGAAUCGAUUGAAGAUCCUCCAUGGCGGGACGAUCGCAUCAAUGGUUGACUUGGGAGGCUCCCUUGCAGUAGCUUCACGAGGACUCUUUGCUACCGGUGUCUCGACCGAUCUCAACGUCACAUACCUCAGCUCUGGAGGGAAAAUAGGAGACAAAAUCCGCGCAGAGGUUACAUGUGACAAGUUCGGGAAAACCCUGGCGUAUACGUCAAUCAGGUUCAUGAACGGUAACGAUGAAGUGUUUGCUCGCGGAAGUCAUACAAAGUAUGUCGCACUGGCAUGGAAAGAUCCCAACAACGUCACGGAGCAGAUGAAGCCGGAACAGGAAAACUUGACUAAAUGAGCUUCCCCAUGGGUUCGCAUAACUAAUAGAUUGUCUCUUCAAUGAUACCUACC